AAGCACCAGGUGAAGACCUCCACAGAGGCUGAGCACUGCACUCGCUCUUUCCCACCGUCUUCUGUCUUCUUCGCCCAGUGCAUCCAGUUGAUAUAUACCUGCCUGGUGCCACGUUUUCGCCUACAGCAUCCAGAGCCUUGAUUUCCUCUCCAGUGUGUGUGGCGGCCAACUGUCACCCAAACUGAUGAGGAUCGGCUGAUUAAAUUGAAAAUACGUUUUUUAUUUUUUUAUUUUUUGCCAAGCGGAAAGAAUGUCGGAAAGGGCCGAGGAUGACGUCAGGGGGGAGCAGCGCCGAGCGGCCAGGCAGCAGCUGAAGCAGCAGCAGAUCCAGCGGAGAGAAGGCUCCACAGCAAUGGCGACUGUUGCGGAGCGGAGAUCCUUGCCUAGUCCAGAAAUAAUGCUGGGACAGCCUUGGAGCAACUGGGUCGACGCCGCCAAACUCCACGGCAACGACGGUGCUGAAUCGGAGGAAAGUUUCAAAGACUUUGGGAAAAAUCGAGAAGCCAUGCGUUUGUGCAGAGAAGACAUGCCCAUAUUCGGCCAGUGUCCCGCACAGGACGACUUCUACCUGGUGAUGUGCAGCCAUUGCGGCCAGGUAGUCAAGCCUCAAGCCUUCCAAGCACACUACGAGAGAAGACACAGUUCGGCCAGCAAGCCUGCCUCCACCUCGCCCUUCCCCGUGUCGGGCAGGAACCGGAGCAGCGGCAGCGGACUCGGGCCUGGCCUGGGCUCGGGGUCUGCAGCUGGAGUGGCAAGUGGAGGCAUCCUUAGCCGACCUUCCACCGCUGGAUCAAGCUUAUCCUCCUCUUCAGCGUCCUCCUCCUCCAAUCCCAAACUCCUCAAACCAGCCAAAGAGAAGCUGCCAGGCAUUCAACGAAGAGCCCCCUUUGCACCCUUCAGGACGCCCCAGCCGGACAAGAUCCUCUCCCCGGCUGUCAAGGUGGAGAAGAUGCAUCUGAGGGUGGACUCGUCAGCUAAGCUGGUGCAGGCCCCAUCUGCCCCAGCCACCACCUCAUCCUCCUCUACAUCCUCCUCUAGCACCACUGUGAGCUCCAACACUACCACCAUCACCACCUCCUCCUCCUCAUCAUCAGCCCUUAAACCAGGCCUUAACUGUCCCUCCAUACCAAAGCCUCCAUUACUGGCCCCGGGUCAGAUUCCCAACGGCAAGGGCCACCUCUCAGUCCUCUCAGACAAGAAGCAGGACAGCAGCAGCAGUGCCAGUAGCAGACGCCACCUUAACAAGAAAGUCACAGAACGUGAGUUCAAUGCAGAUAUCCACUGUGGCGUUGUGGAUAUGACAGCUCGAAAACCAUGCACAAGAUCCCUAACAUGCAAGACACAUUCCUUAAGCCAGCGGAGGGCGGUGCCAGGGCGGAGGAAGCGCUUUGACACUUUGCUGGCCGAGCACAAGAACAGAGCAAGGGAGCGGGAGAAGGAGAGAGACCUCCACCCACCCCAUUCCCAGCAAAACCCCUCUCUCAGGGACCCACACCCCUCCUCCCACCUCGCUGCUGCCCAUGACGCCCACCAGGUCGCUCAUGGCAACGGCCCCGCCCCAGACGCCACUAAGCCUUUGCCACUGGGCAAGCCCAAAUUUCACAGCCCUGGUCUUCCACGACUAAACAGCAGUCACGGAGGUGGUACCCCCGGAGACCCUGCAGUAGUCCAUGAGUCACCACACCAUGCCCAAAUGACCCCCGAUGGGUUUUCCCGACCCUCCAGUGACGAGGGAGAGAACGAGGAGCGGGAGGACAGCGCCGACAAACUGGACUGUCACUUUUCAGGUUACCACCCACGACCGGCAGCUUACUGUACAUUUGGAAGUCGACUGUUUGGGAGAGGUUGUUACUCCUUCGACCGGCGAUGGGACAGAGUGCGAUGUGCCCUAACCACAAUGAUGGACAAGCAUGUCAACUCUCAGAUGUGGAAGAAAAUCCCCUUGGCCUUGGAGAACUCCUCCUCUGUUGCACCUACCCAUAGGACAAGCACAAAUUCCCACGGUAGCACUCCCUCUUCAGGCUUCCUGGGCCCCCCUGCCACCUUGCCCCAGACUCCUUAUAGCCAAUCCUACGAGGGCAAGUCUGUGCUCUCCUAUGGGACCACCUUAAAUGCCCGCAGCUCCCCGCAGGGCGGGGCUGAGCACCCGGCCUACGGCAUUACGCAGGCCCGACAAGUGUCUUCGUCGCCGCAGAUGCCUUCAGCCCACUCGUCCUCAUCCUCUUCUUCUUCUGCUCCUUCCCUCGCCUCAGGCCGGGCGCUUAAGUCCCGUUCCUCCAGCAGCAGCACUACCAAGUCAUCGUCAUCCUUCAGGCCCAAGGAGGUCUCUUCUGGCUCCUCCACACCUGUCAUCCCCAACUCCAUUGGAGGGGGCAGCAGCGGAGCCAACAGUAACAGUAGCAACACUAGCUUCAGCUCGGGGAAGAAGAGGAAAAACAGCUCUAUCCUCUCUUCAUCCCACGGCCCCUCUGAAUCCUCCUCUUCUAAUGCCAACUACUCUUCCUCUUCCUCCUCCUCCUCUUUUAAGAAGAACUGUGCAAAUGUCGGCAGCUCAGGGAGCACUUACCACCACGGCUCAUUAGGUCCUUCAUCCUCAUCGUCAUUAUCUUCCUCCCACAGCGGAGUCCACAGCGUGGGGCUUAACUGUGGCCCUACUGUGCGGACCAACUCACUCAGCCUCAAGGCAGAGCCUUCUGGAGGUUCGGCAGGCGGCUCCUCAGGGCCGCCAGCAAGAGGUCCUCCCUCGGGCAGCCCUGCAGAAUCCAUCAAGCGCAUGAGCGUGGUGAUGAACAGCAGUGACUCCACCCUUUCUCUGGGGCCCUUCGUCCACCACCAGUCCUCAUCCUCAUCUGACCACCACACCAACUUCAGCCACCACUCCUCAGAUGGGCGUCUGGAGGGCAAGAAGCGCAAAAGCUCUCCUGCCUCCAGCGGUAUUAAUAGUGGAGCUGGGGGAGGAGGGCUUGGAGGAGGUGGAGUAGGAGGAGGACCUGGAACAGGUAGACCCAAAGUGGCCAAGUCACCUGCCAUUAACAACAUCCAUGGGAAGCAUGGGCGGAGCAUUCCAGGGACACCAGGGCUACCGAACAACUCUCAUUUACAUCAGCCAAAGGCUCGUCCCUGACAGCGGUGUCCGGCUCCUGUGUAUGGAACCGGCAGGCGGACGGGGAAUAGUCCGGAGCAGUCUGCAUACUGCUCCGGACUGCACGAGGCCUUCUAAAAUCAAACCCACAUUACUCUCAGCUUCCCACAAUCCUCAGGGUGGAGAUGAUCUGGACUGCCCAGUGAAGUCAAUGUGGUCCUUACUAUUUCUCCCAAAGCCAUGUGUGUGUGUGUGUGUGUGUGUGUGUGUGUGUGUGUGUGUGUGUGUGUGAGAGAGCGAGAGAGAGUGUGUGUGUGUGUGUUAAGGGGGGUGCGAUGGCACUGUAUGUAUAGCGUGGAGUGCUAGGGGUCUAAUGAGCGAGCCAAGGACCCCCCACACAAGUGUUGUUCCAGUAUUCUGAGAGGUCUUCCUGUGUUGAAGUAGGAGGAACAAUAGCAACAGCUAUGGGUCUCUUGAGCUGUGCUUCAAAGCUCAUCGGGUUCAGGUUAAGGGCUGCUGCAAACAAGCCGUGGUGACGCUGAGCAACUGGGGAGACAACAAGCCGAUCUCUUCCGUGUUCAUUAAAGAAUGAGUGUGCGAAUGUGCGUGCGUGUACGAGUAUUUUUCUCAUGUCAGAUUCUGCUGGACUACUGGAAUUUCCAACUUAAUUACACCCCCAGCGCCUGAUCUCAGAAGCCUUGGAAAGGAGAGCAGGAGGAGCAGCAAACUGUUACUUGCAACACCUUAAACAACACACAAUCACCUUGUUGUUUCAACUUUUGUUGGCGUGACUCUCUGGCGACACAUUUUAGUAACCUCGGGUUGCGCGCAGUAGCCUGAGAGCAGCCCGUAGGAACGAUCUGGUCAAUUCUUUUAUUACCCAGAAUAAUUAUGCAAGUGUUACCUUUUUAUGAUUUCUUAUGAGCUUUUUACACUGAACUACAAAGAGUCUUUGUAGACGUGGUGAAGACAGUUGUGCUUUCAAAUGUGAAAAGGACGCCUGAUGUGCCCAUUCGAUAGAAAUCUUUUGUCAGAGAGAUAUCUUGGUCUUGAGGACACCUGUUAAUUUUCUGAAUCUUUUCAUUGUGCAAAAUGAUCGCCACAGUAGACCUACCCCCAACUGUGAACAGCACUAAAUAACUACUUUCUCCACAGGCACUGCUUAGUUGUCCACACAGCUAGCCAAAAGCUGCUACCAGCUUUGCCAACUACUUUUUUUUUUU